AUGAAGUGUCUUGCUCCAAUCUGUUUAUCUCUUGCCACUACAGCUCUUGGCCUGGUCAUCCAACAGCCAUCGUCGCUUGAAGAAGAUGCGACCCAACUCCCACUCAUCAUCUGGCACGGCCUCGGCGACGACUUUGAACGGGAUGGACUGCAGGAGGUGGUCUCACUUGUUGAAUCUGUGAACCCAGACACCUAUGUUCACAUUAUCCGGUUGGCAGAAACAGGUGGUGGUGACCGCCAAGCAACAUUUUUUGGUAAUGUCAGUGAGCAGAUCCAGACGGUUUGCGAGCAACUUGCCUCAGAGCCAAUCUUGAGCACAGCACCUGCCGUUAAUGCACUCGGCUUCUCGCAGGGUGGACAAUUCCUGCGAGGCUAUAUUGAGCGGUGCAAUAAUCCCCCAGUCCACAACCUUGUCACGUUUGGCAGCCAACACAAUGGGAUCUCCGAGUUUCAGUCCUGCUCGUCAGGCGACUGGCUCUGCAACGGAGCCGAGGCGCUGCUGCGAUCAGGCCGAUGGACACAAUUUGCACAGUCACAUGUUGUCCCUGCACAGUACUUCCGGGACCCGAACGAGCUCGAUGCCUAUUUGGAGCACAGCAACUUCCUCGCCGACAUCAACAACGAGCGUGAGUUCAAGAACGAGACGUACAAGAAGCACCUGGAGUCGUUGAACAUGUUCGCCAUGUUCAUGUUUGACGAGGAUACGGUGGCUGUACCGAAGGAGAGUGCUCUCUUUGCCGAAGUCAAUGCCACGGAUGGGACUGUCACGCCUCUCCAGGAGCGGCAGAUCUACAAGGAGGACUGGUUGGGACUGAAGAAGCUGGACGACCAGGGGAAAUUGCACUUCAAAUCCGCGCCAGGUCAACACAUGCACUUGUCUGAGCAGCUCUUGAAGAAGGCCUUCAAGGAGUAUUUCAGCCCCAUUGAGGAGUCACAGUCACCUGCCUUCCCGGGACUUGUGGUACAAUCGGCCCUCUGA